CUCGUCAAUGGUCAUGCAGGGCCCUCUUCCAUUCUACAAUUCCACCCAACCAACAAGACGUAGUCCAUCUUCCACUAUAAAUUUGACUCUUCGUUUUUCAGAAUUGGUACCAACAGAUUCUUCACUUACUCUCCAAAGGGAGAAAAAUGAAGCAAAAGAUUGUGAUCAAGGUGUGGACAGAUGGGCAGAGAUGUCGGCCGGCCAAGGCAAUGAAGAUUGUGAUUUAUGUGCUGAAGCUGAUGAUGCCUUACGACAUAAUAUGGAAGAAAAGCAGCAUAUCUACUGCCAAGAUAACUACAAAAGCCAUGAAGAUUGCAGUUACGUCCCCAGGGGUGGCAUCGGUGGCGUUAACAGGGGAGGAGAAGAAUCAGCUGGUGGUCACCGGAGAAGGCGUAGACGCCGUAAACCUCACCAGAGUAAUAAGGCAGAAUAUCGGCUUUGCUGUGCUUUUGAGUGUCGAGCCGGAAAGCGCAAAGGAAUGAAGUUAGGAGGGAGAUAAAUUAGAGACGGAUUUUCCGCCGAAUCAAGACAAGUUUUGCAGUAUUCUGAAGUUUAGUUUUCAUAUUUGAGUGUAUAAACAAAUUGUAAACAUCUUAAAGUUUCAAGUGUAUAACAGUUUGAUCUUCUUUUAUAAUUAA